UUUUGUUUAAAACAUUUAAGUAGUUGUUAUAGUUGUUUCAGCGGUAAUUCCAGGGCAGGUUGUAUUAUAUUCGCUAGACUAUGGUUUGGUGUGUGGGAAAUUAGAGUAGCGGUCGAAGUAGCGUAAUGCUCAAGAGUUUUCGACUUGAAGUAGGAUUACAGUGGAACUCACGGAUUUGCUAAAAUUUGAUAUGCCCAAAAUGUUGGGUGUAAAAUAGGGGUGCACGCUUUCCGUAAUUCGCUGUUGCAGCAGUCUAAGGGUAUAUUUGCUAGCGAGAGUAACCGUCAUUCAUAGGCGGGUGAGUGCCGCUUAUCGACAGGGAUGUCUUAUACUGCCUCAGAAGAUGUUACGGCGCUAAGGGGUGAAGGCGGCUCCGAUGAAUCUGUGCGAAAGGGAUGUGAUCCUCUAGUGUCAACUCAGCGCAGCAGAGUUCAGCAGCGAAGAGCCCAACUCAAUCAGCAAAUCAACCGUGAGCUCAGCCUGCGAACAGGAGCGGAAAAUUUGUACAGGGCUACAACUAAUCAGAGGGUUAAGGAGACGGUGUCAUUGGAAUUGAGCUUUGUAAACUCAAACUUGCAACUACUCAGAGAAGAACUAGAAGAGCUGGACAGCAAUAUGGAAGUUUACCAGACUGAUAGUGAAAAGGUGAAUGUUCCUAUGAUCCCACUUGGACUGAAGGAGACGAAGGAAAUUGAUAUGAGUGUCAGUCUUCAGGAAUUCAUCAGUGAACACUAUGGAGAAGAUGCUUCUCUUUACUUGACAGAAAUCAAAAUGCUUAUGGAACUCAGACAGGCCAUUCGCACACCCAGCCGUAGCGACGCAGGGAUCAGGCUGCUCUUGGAAUACUAUAACCAGCUGCACUUCGUGGACCAGCGCUUCUUUAACCUGCACAGAACUCUGGGAAUUCACUUCCAGUGGUACGACUCCCUGACUGGUGUACCAUCCUGCCAGAGAGCACUGGCUUUUGAGAAGGGCAGUGUGUUGUUUAACAUUGGAGCACUUUACACGCAGCUUGGCGCAAGACAAGACCGCUCCACUGUGCCUGGUAUCCAUGAUGCUAUCGAUGCCUUCCAGAGAGCUGCCGGGGCAUUUCUCUACUUGAAAGAAAACUUCUCUCAUGCUCCGAGCCUGGAUAUGAGUGGCCCAGCACUAAGCAUGCUAGUCCGCCUCAUGGUUGCUCAGGUUCAGGAGUGUGUUUGUGAGAAGGUAACACUCACCAUGAAAGAAGAUGACCUAAUGUCGAACCUGCAGGCAGCUCAGGAGGUGGCACGGGUUUCGGAUGUCUACUCCCUGGUGAUGCAGGCCAUGUCAGUGCCUUUGCUGAAGGAUUAUGUUCCCUUCUCCUGGCUCUCUGUGGUUCAGGUCAAAACCCAGCACUUCAGAGCCUUGGCCCAUUACUAUGCUGCUGUCACCCUCUGUGACUGCUCAGAUAUGAUUAGUAAGGAUGAGAACGCAGGGGUCAGGGCAUUGACACAGAUCCAUGCCAGACCUCCAGACAGGCUGUCUCUCCAAAGACCAGAGGACAGACUCAGACUCGGCAAAGCUCAUUUGCGCAAUGCCAUCAUAUGCCAUGAGGAGGCGCUACGUCUCCAUGGCGUGUGCAAGGCUCUGCGCAAGUUGGACAUCUUACAAGAAGUGCUGGCACAUGCACACGCCCGCUCGCUGGAGAAAUACUCAUACAUUGAUCAGGAGGAUGACUUUUCUGAAACUGCAGAAGCUCCAGACAUACAGCCUCAUACCCACCAAAAGCCUGAUGUUAUAACCCCCGACUUGAGUACAGUUAGAGUGAUGGACAUCUUUCACCGUUUGGGUCCUCCUUCUGUUUUCUCUGCUCGUAAUCGAUGGGUACGUCACCGCCUGUGUCUGGUUCGAGGAGAGGCUGGACUUGGUCUCACUCUGCGAGGUGAUUCACCAGUCCUGGUUGCCAGUGUGUUGCCUGGCGGAUGUGCUGCAAUGGCUGGAUUGCAUGAAGGAGAUUAUAUAGUGGCUGUAAACGGUUCAGACUGCAAGUGGGCCAAGCAUGCAGAGGUAGUGCAUGCACUAAAAAGUUGCUCAGAGAGAGGACUGGAGCUUGAUGUUGUCACGCCACAUACUCACGAGGUCGAAAGGAGAGCAGCACCACUUUCACCCAGCAGGGAACGGAAUACUGCCAGUCGUAUGAAGCAAGGAGGGGUUGGUGUCAGAGGUUCCAGCUCCUUGUUGAACUGGACCUGGAGAAGUGGAGCAGGGGCUGGACACAGUGGCAACUUUCAUGAGAGUGAAUCCAUGUACUGACAUAAAAAUGAGGUUUCCUUUAAGCAAAAGCCAAGGACUACUCUCUCAUGCCACAGACAUUAUGUGACUGAUCAAUCAGCAGUUUUUAAAGAGUUAUGUAAAAAAAAACAAAACUUUUUUUAAUACAAUUUGAAGAGGCCAUCUGCCCUUUACAUUGUGGGAACACUUCACGACAAAUGACCAGUAGAAAUGGUCCAACUUCACUUGGAAUGACAUUUCUUAGGUUCACUAGCAGCUGUUAAGCACUAGGGAGAUGCAAUAUGCAUUUAAUGAUGCCAUUAUUUAGUCAUCUUCCAGAGUGUAGCAGACUGCUUCUUUUUAUAAUGUAGUUAAUACAACAAAAGAUCUGUUUGUUGUGUUACCCAAAUCAGGAUCUUAAUGUGGUUAGCAAAUGAUUUUUGUAUUCUGCCUUAAUGUUUGUGUUGGUACAACUUUGGAAUUCCAGUUAAUACUGUGGGGACUGUUGGGUCAUAAGCGCUGACAUGACUUCAGCAUCAGGAACAACAACAGAAGGAAUAGCAAGAAGAAUAAAAGCGAACAACCCUACAAAAAGAAUUGCUGAUGCUUCCUUUAAGCAAAAAAACCAAAAAACAAACACACUAAAUUAUUAUACAACCUUGCAAUGAUGAUUUUCAUGUAUUGAGCAAUGCCAGCAAAGCAGUGAUUUUGAGAUUAUAUGUGGAAUAAGUGAGAAAUCAGUGAUUUGAUUAUAUAAUAUGUGAUAAAUGCACCAACCAACAAAUUAUGUUGCAAGCUUUACUAGUGUUUUUGUAUACAAGAAUCACACUUUCUCUGUCUGACAGACACGUCUGUUUUUUUCUUUGGAUUUCUUUUUUUUUUUUUUUUUUUUUUUCUUUCUUUUUUUUUUUUUUUUUUGCAAGUUGUAAUUGAACCAGUACGAUUCUUUCCUAAACCCUAGCAAUGAUUAGUAUCAACUAUGAAAUCAUGACAUAGGCACUGAAUGUCUUUAAAACUUUUAACCCCUUAACUGAUUUGUUCAGGAUCAACAUAAUUGUUAUUAUUAUUGGGGGAAGAGAAACAUUCAUGAAAGUAAUAUGGAAUGUAUACUUAUGUUGAGGUCAGUAUCAUAUGAUCGCACAUGCUGGUGUUUUGUAAUAGUGCCUUUGCGUCAUUUUUAUGCUUAAUGUGGCUUGUAUAAUAGAUUUAUCAGGCUCCUGUGCAUGGUAAUAACUGUUAGUAGCAAAUAUUCCUCUCUGGGUAUUAGUGUGUGUUUCCCUUCCCUGAGCCCUUUGAAAGCCAGCUUACUUCACAUUAGUAUUUCAAUCCAAAAUCAUGAACCACCAUGGAAUCUAGCAUUUAAGAUUUAAGUUUAGUUUUACUAAUCAUUUGAAUCAGUGUAGAGGAAACUCAGGCAUGAUUUAUACCUGAAUUUCAUUCCAUGCCCUGAUCUACACAGAUAGCUAAUUUAUGUAUAUUAAGUAAAUGGAUUAAGUAAAUGGAGACCUACUACAGUGUCUGUUUUGCUAAUCGUUAUUACAUUAUCA